CUGCUGGAGAGCUCUCCCGUCGACCGCAGGCUCCAGCGAAAAAAAAAGACGUGACACCUAACGUUUUUAUUUUGUAAUUUUAUUUAUUAAUUUCUCGCCGCGUCUCCACCUCGUGCAAGAUGUAACUUUUGUCGACACCACCUUCAGUAUAUUCAUGUAUUUGAAAAGAGCCGGGAGCGAGUGCGAAGAGACGAGAAGCCGAGCUGCUUUGGCGAAUGGAACUUAUUGUGCAUUUGUUUUGACUAUGUUAUCCCAUAAUGACUCUGGCUUCGGUCCGUCUCUGUCCGCCGUCGACCCUUGAAUUUUUUGGGAUUUACAUCCGAAUAGUUUAAGGGAGACACCGAAGGAGGAUUCUGCAAAAGCCAACGAGCAUUUCCUUUGCGGAGCCGGGGAUUUAAAUCGUCAUUUGGUUUGUGCUCCGGUAGAGGCGAGAGUCAAAGAAAAGAAAUUCAUGUGGCCAUUCUCUCUAUAGCCAAACAUUUUUGGGGAUUGCAUAAUGAGCAAGGAAAGACCUAAGAGGAAUAUCAUUCAAAAGAAAUACGAUGACAGUGAUGGAAUCCCGUGGUCGGAGGAGCGGGUUAUGCGAAAGGUGCUUUAUCUCUCACUAAAGGAGUUUAGGAGUGCACAGAAACGGCAGCUGGAUGGAGACGGAACCACAAACUCCAAUGGUUCUUUAGCCAACGGGCAGCUGAACGGCUCGGGGUCCAAAGGCGGCCACAAACAAGAUGGGUCCUUGCACUCUCAGGGCCUGGAUGGGGGCAGCAAGUACGGCGAAGACGGUCCUGCAAAGAAGAGGUGAGACUGUGUGUG